GAUGUAUUUCAAUUGGUCAAGAGGAUCCAAAUACACACCAAUGCUUUGUAUCUGUAUAAAAAGUCGCCCGUUGAGAACUGAGGGUGGGAGACUUCUGGAAUUGUUGUGAAGAUGUUUGUGCGCUUUGAAUAAAAGUUCCCCCCGUGAGGACUGUGUGUUGAGAGAAAUAGUCCUGAGUACUGUGAUAACUAUUUAGUUCAGUGAUCAGACCGCCUGCUCCUAAAUAUUGGUGGCCCGUACAGGGAGUUCAAUCUACCGGGAGAGGGUUGCGGUCACCCCCUCUGGAGAGCGGGGCCUGGCGGGCUGUGGUUCAGGGCCCACAACGGGAGAGGAAGCUGUUAAUCAUUCGCAUUCUACCCACCUUGUUCCAAUGGAAGACGUGCAAAUGCUAUCAAAUGCUUUGUUACAUAGGGGAAGCUGCCUGCUCGUCUGCAUUCUGAGGUCCAAUAUCAAGUUAACCGUGACAGAACCGUGACAGAAUGUUUCCGCCAAACAAGGACCUCGCGGAGGAGCAUCAGGCUAGCUCCAUUGAUCUCCUUACUUUCCUGUCUCGGGAGGCGGAGAAGUCGUUGCGCCGUUCUGCGGGGCUGUCAGUGCCGCAGUCGGCUUAUGAUGGAACCAGGUUGGCGAUUCCAGUUCCGGGGACAGGUCCCCUUCAUCGCCGUUCUCCGCCUCCUCCCCUGGUUGUGCACUCUGGUCCGGCAGUGAGGCCCACGUCCUCCUCCCGCCGCAAGAAACGCCGAUGUGCAGCGGUUCCGGAGGUGGUUUCCCAGCCAGCCUACGUGAGGGCUGCAGCAAGUGAGCCCGCAUCUUCGUCUGCCACAGCAAUGUCUUCCAGGCUCGCUGCACCUCUGCCCAUGCCGUCUGCGCUCGCUCCAGCCCGGAGUUCUAGGGCAACACCUGCCGAGCUGGAGCAGCGCUUGAGGUUCACUGCUUGCCAAAUCAAGAUCCUCAGGACGACAGGUCUCCUGUAUUUCUCUCCUGAGCUGAUGGAGAGGAUAAGGCAGAUUGAGAUGGAGUAUGAAGCGGCAGUAAGGCUGUUUUACUGCCAUCCUCCAUCAUCCAUGUCAAGUCUCCAGGAAGCUGCUGCAGAGCAGCCCACGAAGUAUGACGCCAAUCCAGAGACUGGCCGUACAAGUAACCUUUUUGAGCGUUGGACUCAGAGACCUAUGCACACAUGA